GUCCGCCAUUAUCAUUUGAAUAUGUUCGGUUUCGAUCUCCACCCUCUUCACUUUCCUUUCUUUCUUUCUUUCUUUCAUUUUCUUCUUUUAUUGUUCUUUUCUCGCUGCCCACCAAUCGGAGCAAAGUGAGUGCUCAUGAAUGUUGGCUACUGAUUCAGCAGAUAAAAAUGGGUGCAGAGUCGCACAUUCCACGAAGCUUAAUCCACAGAAUCUACGCUCCGUUGGCUAACGAAUUUCAUUUUGCACCACCGGUCUCUUCAUCCAGAACAAAUGAACUCGAACUUGUUCGAGGUGUUCUACGAAUGCUGCAAGGGUUUUCUGGUCCCCUGUUCUCUUGGGAUAAAAGUGCAAACAGUUUCCGUGCAAAGAGCGGUGUUUACGUCAGCCAUCUCUCACAGAAAAGUCUCCACUCUCUUCUCAACCAGUUUAUCCACGCAGCUACGUGUCUCCAAUCCGUGGCGAUUACACUCGAUAAAGUUGAAUCUGCAGUGCCGAAGUCUCCCCCUACUUUGAACGCGUUCGCGUCCUCUGCUUCAGCGUGCCUUCAGCGGUUACGGAAUCUUGCCUUGAAGGAGGAAACAUCCAUGAGCAAUGCAGAUGGAAUAACCACUCCAACCUUGUUAGGAUUGACCAAUUCCUUAUCGAGUCUUUGCUCAGGGGCUGAAUUUCUAUUUCAGGUAGUGCAUGAGGCCAUUCCUGCUGUAUACUUUGAGUACGGUGUGUCUGUACCAGCAGCAGAACUCACUGUUCACGUGCUUGACUAUCUUCAUAAGAAGCUUGAUGAAAUGUGUCUGGUACAAGGUGGUGAGGAGGAAGCUAACCAGAUGGUGCUUUAUAUGUAUGUUGGAAGCUUGUUGCCGUAUAUUGAGAGUCUUGAUUCCUGGCUUUUUGAAGGAAUUCUUGAUGAUCCUUUUGGUGAGAUGUUCUUUUUCACUAAUAAAGCAGUCUCAGUUGAUGAGGCCGAGUUCUGGGAGAGGAGUUAUUUAUUAAGAAUACAACAGCGUGGCAAGUUAGGUUCAGAAUUCUCUUCCACAAAUUAUGGCAAUGGUUCAACCCCAGCAUCAGAUGACAAGGAAAUGGACAGGAGGGAUUCCAUCUCUUUGUCUGCUACAAUUAAAGGAAAAGAGUCAAGCAUUAGAGACCGUCCAGCUUGUCCCUUUUUUAUUACGGACUUAGCCAAAUCAAUAAUUUCUGCUGGAAAAUCUUUGCAGCUUAUGCGCUAUGUACCUAAUCCCUCAGCGAGUUGUAGCAAAGAAAGUAAUUAUGAGGUUGGAAGCGCGAAAUGCUUAAACUAUGGUUUAUAUCCUGCUCAGAGAAUGACUGGGCUAACCUUGCCGGAAGUUUUUUCUGUAUCACUAGUCGGACUUCUUGGUCAUGGUGACCAUGUCUGUAAGUACUUUUGGCAAGAGAACUGGCACGAUAUUGUAACUGUUUCUUCGCAUGCAUCUUAUGUAAAUGAGGAAAAAAUAGAUAACGACAAUAAUGAAAGAUUAAUUGUUCCACCUUAUUCAGAGAAGACUUGGUAUAAGUUCUUGAUUGAUACAUUAUUUCAGAAAAGAUCAGCUGACUUGAAGCUAAAAUAUGAACACAUAAAUAAUGACGCCUCCGAGCUAAGAGGGGCUAAAGUUAUUGAAGAUGAAGUGCUUCUCUUGGGGUCAUACAUGGAAAAUCCAGUUAUAACAGUAUGUCGAGAAAACCUCAGAAAGAAUGGGAAUGCCUUGAAAGCAUUGAAUUUAUCUCGAAAAUUCAGCUUGCCUUCAUUAAAUGAUGAGAGUUUAAGAAGAGCUAUAUUUGGUGCAGAAAGUACUGGUUUUUCUGAUAGUGAAGGAACGAACUAUACUUUUGGCUUUCACUUUGGUGAAUCUGAAUACCUUCGCUCACAGGAUGACAGAAAGCUGUUAGAAAUGUUAUUUCCUUUUCCCACUAUUUUACCUUCAUUUCAGGAUGAUGUUCCUGUGUCAGAGCUCUUACCUUUCCAGAGAAACAGCAGUCUUAUUUCUAGAGUUCUUCGAUGGAUGCAAAAUGUUGACCUAAGAAUUACUCCACUUCCUCUUGUUAUUAUGCAGUACUGUCUAACCGUCUACAUUCAGAAACAGGUGGAUUAUAUUGGAGUGAAUAUGCUGUCAAAGUUGAUGAAUGAAUGGAGAUUGAUGGAUGAGCUUGCAGUGUUGAGAGCUAUAUAUUUGUUAGGUUCAGGUGAUUUGCUGCAACACUUUUUGACUGUAAUUUUCAAUAAGUUAGACAAGGGUGAAGCAUGGGAUGAUGAUUUUGAAUUAAACACAACAUUGCAGGAAUCAAUCAGAAAUUCUUCUGAUUGUAUGCUGUUAAGUGCUCCAGAUUCAUUGGUAGUUACGAUAACCAAAAAUAGUGUUGGCAAUGAUGAGCAAGCUAGCACAGCUGGUGCUGCUUUGAGCGCUCCUCGUCAAAGUCAUGUCAAUAGCUUUGGAAUUAAUGGCCUUGAUAUGCUCAAAUUCACGUAUAAGGUCCCUUGGCCCCUUGAACUCAUUGCAAAUACGGAGGCAGUUAAGAAGUACAACCAGGUAAUGCGGUUCUUGUUAAAGGUCAAGCGUGCAAAAUUCGUAUUAGAUAAAGUGCGGAGAUGGAUGUGGAAGGGUAGGGGAUCUGCUACAAACUAUAGAAAGCAUCAUUGGUUAGUGGAGCAGAAACUCCUUCAUUUUGUGGAUGCUUUUCACCAAUAUGUGAUGGAUCGGGUAUAUCACAGUGCAUGGCGUGAACUAUGUGAAGGUAUGAGUGCAGCAAAAUCUCUGGAUGAAGUCAUUGAAGUCCAUGAGACUUACAUGUUAUCAAUUCAACGGCAAUGCUUUGUGGUUCCUGAUAAGCUGGGGGCUCUUAUUGCCAGCCGCAUCAACAGCAUCCUUGGCCUAGCUUUAGACUUUUAUAACAUACAGCAAACAUUAAGUGGUGGUGGAGCUGUUUCUGCCAUCAAAGCAAGGUGUGAGAUGGAAGUGGACCGAAUAGAGAAACAGUUUGAUGAUUGCAUCGCUUUCUUACUUCGGGUGUUUAUGCAAAUAUUAAAGAGAAACCGGGCACAGAAGAAGUUUAUAAAUCUAUGAUAUGCGUAUUGGUUUAAAAAACGUAUAAAACAUAAUAAAUAUUCAAUUGCAAUUGUGCAAAUCCAAAUUGAAAUCAUAUAUUUUUUACAUCGACCAUGUAAAUAUAAUUGUCAUCAUAAAUUACUUUCUAUAAUUACAUAUAGAAAUAGCACUAUUAAUCUCAUUGCUUUUUUAAAAUAGUUCUUAAGGAGGACAAUUUCUCUGUUUGGUUUACAAAGAGACAAUAUGUCUCUAUAUUACACAUACUUGUAUGUUUCUUUGGUUUUACUGGAUAUAAAUGCUUUAAAAUAUUGGACACUUCACCUACAUGUAUGGGUGAAAUAUUCAAAACUGUGGUAUCUGAUACGUGAAACAACUAAGAGUGUCACUCAGUUGUGUGCUUGCUAGCGAGUGUCACAACAAAGUUGCAAUGAUAUUAUACUCUACGAUAUGCUCUGUAACUGGCAGUCAGGAAUGUUGAUCCUAUAUUAACGAUAACGAUGUCCUCAAGUCAGAGGGAUAAUAAUUUGGGCCUAUAGAAGCCCAAGUUAGAUGAGUUGAUUAGAUGCGUGAAUGCAGUGAUUUGAGGUAGAAAAACUUAGAACGGAUAUAGAUAUUUUCUUAUUACUAAAAAAGUAUUUACCGAAGAAUUUGUUCUUUGAAAGAACAACAUCGUAUUAUUUAAUCUCCGUGACUGACUCCACCUACAAGGAAAAGGCUUUGGUGACUUUUUUUGUGCCCUCAAAUUAACCGUGCUUGUGGAAAAGAACAUUAUUGAGUAAUCUUGGUUGACUACCCAAUCAAACAUAGUUUAGUUUGGUCCUUGAUUUGAUAUGCAACCAUUUAUUUUCUUGAAUUGUCUCGCAACUAACCUCUCCUUACAACAUAACCACAAUAAAAGGAAGUGAGGAAUGAUUGAUGUUUAUGCUAUUUCAAUAUUUCUUUAAUAAAACAGUCAUAUUUUAUUACAUGGAAAGUGAUUGUUCCAUACAUUUUUAAUAUAAAAAAAUAGAAAGUACAUCAUUACGAAUCAAAAUGUUACAUGAUUGCAUCAUAUACAGCUGAGGAAUGAUUAUCCCAAUAUUUGUUUGAUAGCAUUUUACUCAUUUACCUAUCAUAUAUUGCAAGUAAAUUUUGUUUGCAUUUAAGACCGCUUGGCAUGCUGAGAUUUGAUCACUACCAGAAGAAUCUGGUCGUACCUCGUACCUUUACCUUUCUUUUCCCCUCCCCCAUCUUCCGGAAAAGAAAAGGUGAAUGCUUUUUGACUACUUAUGGAU